UAAAGAAUAAUGUCUGAUUCCGCAGUUGCAACAUCCGCGUCUCCAGUGGCUGCUCCACCAGUAGCAGCGGAGAAGAAGGUGGCCUCUAAAAAGGCGUCUGGAUCCGCUGCGGCUACUGCAAAGGCAAAGAAGCCCACAGCUCCACCAUCGCAUCCCCCAACUCAGCAAAUGGUUGACGCUUCGAUUAAGAGCUUGAAGGAACGUGGCGGCUCAUCGCUCCUGGCCAUCAAGAAAUAUAUUACUGCCGAAUACAAAUGCGAUGCCCAGAAACUAGCUCCAUUUAUCAAGAAGUACUUGAAGUCGGCCGUUGCCAAUGGAAAGCUGAUCCAAGCAAAGGGGAAAGGUGCCUCUGGUUCGUUCAAGCUGUCGGCUUCCGCCAAAAAGGAGCCCAAGCCAAAGGUUGUGUCGACUGUGGAGAAGAAAGUGAAAGCCAAGAAGGUGGUGUCAUCGGCAGCAGCAAAGAAGACAGCAGCCCCCAAAAAAGCAGCCGGAGCCGGUGACAAGAAGCUAAAUGCAAAGAAGACAGUCGCCACCGCCACCAAGAAGACAGCCGAGAAGAAGAAAACUGAGAAGGCAAAGGCCAAGGAUGUGAAGAAAGCUGGAACCGUGAAGGCGAAGCCAGCAGCGGCAAAGGCCAAGUCGAGCCCUGCAAAGCCAAAACCAAAAGCUAAGGCUGCAGCGGCGUCUGCCAAGCCCAAGAAGGUGACGAAAAAGCCAGCCGCUCCCGCCACCGUAAAGAAGCCGAAAGCAAAGACGACGGCGGCCAAGAAGUAAAUUGCGAAAAUGUGCACGUUGGUGUACACGGUCGCAUCCGAAAUUUUAGAUGAUCGUACAUCUGAAAUUGAUUUAAACAAGCCCUUUUCAGGGCUACAAAACUAUAUCAAAA